AUGAACGGGGAUCACAACCCACCCAGUACAGCUUCUGGCCCAUCCGCCCACGGCUCUUUCGCCUCGCUCGCAUCGAACCGCACGAGUCCGUUCCCAGCGACCACCAUGGCUGUCCCAGCCUUCAUCCCGCCUGCGCCGGCGUUUCGUCCGACCGCGACUACUCAACCCGGCUAUGCGCCGUCGCAUCCAGCGCCCAAUUCAUUUGAUCGCGACUCGAAAAACCCUUUGGGCACACCCCUGUCGGCCACGCCACCAACACUCUCCUCGGCCCUGAUCCGGAACCUGCCGCUCAAUACGUCCGAAGAGACGUUGCGCCUGAUGAUGGUUUUUUCCCAGGACCUCGUCGAUGCCGAAGUUUUGCCAGUUGAGCAGUCUGCCGACCCUGGCUUUCGAUCCGCCCUUCUCAAGUUCAAAAGUCCAGCGGGCGCCCAGGAGGCCAGGAGCAUGCUCGACGGCAAGUCGAACAUUUCCAACGAUGCCGACAUGAUUGUCGAAAUCUUGGGCACCUCGAGCCCCACAUCCGGUUUAAGCAACCGAUACCCGAACGACUCGAUCAUGUCGUCGACUGCGCCGAGCGCGACCGUGUCAGCGACUUCCACUGCGCCCUCAUCUCGGCAUACAUCGCGGUUCAACGGGACGUUCCAGUCGAUGGAGAAGGCGUCCCCCCCUAUGAACAUGUACGGGGACCUCGCUUCUCACGACGCAGGCGCGGGCUAUCAGAACCUCUUCAGCCCACAGUCGCCCAUCGGGAACCACCUUGCCAACGGCACGCAGGUCACCAGCAAGUCGCUCAUCGAUUCGGCCGAAGACGAUGAAACCAAGGAGCUUCUCAAAGACCCCGUCGGCUUUGCUGAGAAUGGCUUGCAGCGUCGCCAGACAGCGCCGCAGCUGCCCAUCUCGUCGCGCAUGGCUAAUCUGUCGUUGAACACCAACGCCAACGCCGGUGCGCAUACUUCGGUGUCCUUCUACGGUCAUACUGCCGUGGGGUCCCUCGCGGGACUGUCCAAUACCAUGUCACCCACCGCGAUGGCGGGUCCCGGAACCAACUAUAAUUCACAGAUCCCGCAUCGCAUGAACAACUUUCCCCCAGCGAACCCGGCCGAUCAAAACCCGCCGUGCAACACGCUGUAUGUCGGUAAUCUUCCCAUCGAUACCUCGGAAGAGGAGCUCAAGGCUAUGUUCUCGCGCCAGCGCGGAUACAAGCGCCUGUGCUUCCGAACCAAGCAGAACGGGCCCAUGUGCUUCGUCGAGUUCGAAGAUGUCACCUUCGCAACCAAAGCCCUGCACGAUUUGUACGGACAACCGCUGCACAACAGCGUCAAGGGCGGCAUUCGCCUGAGCUUUUCCAAGAACCCUCUCGGUGUCCGUUCCGGGCAAAACCAGGGACAGAACGGCGCGGGCUCGAUGGGCGGCAUUAACGGUAUGCACUCCGGAUCGAACGGCGGGUUCACGACAGCCAGCGGACCCCCACCGGGACUCAGCGCUCCUCCUGGCCUCGGCGCCAGCCGCGGCGGAUACACCGCGUCGUCUGCCCUUGGCUCCGGCGCGGGUAACCCGUACUCGUCCCCCACCAGCUCCAACCAACACAACAACCCGUGGGGCGGAAUCUACAACGGUAACGGGGCCAUGAUGGCUGGCGGUGGCACUACAUCGUUUCCCCCCUACAUGAUGGGUCGGUAA